CCCUUGGUAUUGCCUGCAAUAUAACAGUUCAUUAUAAGUACGGAAAUGAAAAAGUACUAGAGAUAGUAGAUGGCGAUAGAUAGCCACUGCAUGUGUGUAAAAUCUUUAGGCGAUAUUAAGGGGCAAAACAUGGUGGUUAGAGUGGGAGGGCUUUAAGUCCAGUGUGACUGAUGCUAGCCUCUCGCUGACUGCGAGCUCUUGUUUCAAUCGCUGUCGUCAGACAGACGAAAGACUCGAAGUCAUUCACCUUCUCCCGUCCAAACGUAAAUAUUGAUUGUCAGACGACGCGGUAGUCCGCAAUGGAGCGGGAUUUUAUUUUCAAACCGCCCCUUUCGAGCUAGAAGACGAGCCCGCGUCGUGUCACUUUUGAGGCGGCCGACCGAUUUCAACCUUUUCUUGUUCGCCUUUAGAGAUCAAACUUUUCCUCGCUUGUUUUUGAGGCGACCAGCCUGUGACCUUCACGUCGUCCACUAUUAGGGAAUCUUUUGAAUGCUAAAGUCAGGCGAUCUGCCAAACUUUUCGCCUUUUCUUUGAAUUCGUUGCAAAUAUGAUGAUGUCAUCGACGCCACUUUUUCCUCAAGUUAUGGCGGAGCACAACUUUCCCGACUUCUCUUGACCAUUGAGAGCUCUUGGCUUUACUAAUGGAGCACCUCCAGGGAGCGUGGAAGACCCUGAGCAACGGCUUUGGAAUGAAGGACUCUGCUUUCGAAGGUCCGUGCCUUUCACCGACUAUGGUGCAGGGAUUUUCCUGCCAGCGUCGCUCCUCAGAUGACAGCAAGAUACCCGACUCAAAGGCGAGCAGCACCAUCCGUGUCUACCUCCCAAACAAGCAGCGCACUGUGGUAAAUGUACGGCCAGGUAUGACUCUGCAGAGCUGCCUGAUUAAAGCGUUGAUGGUGCGAGGCCUGCAGCCUCAGUGUUGUGCUGUUUUCAGGCUACAUUCUGGACAGAGGAGUAAAAAACUGCGGAUGGAUUGGAAUACUGACUCCACCUCCCUGAUCGGGGAAGAGUUGCUGGUGGAGGUUUUAGAUCAUGUUCCUCUGACCACACAUAAUUUUGUUCGGAAAACAUAUCUGAAGCUAGCGUUCUGUGACAUUUGCCAGAAGUUUCUUUUGAACGGUUUCCGUUGCCAAACGUGUGGCUACAAGUUCCAUGAGCAUUGCAGCACCAAAGUACCCACAAUGUGUGUGGACUGGAGUAAUAUUCGACAACUCCUUUUGUAUCCAACACCUGGUGAGAUUGGCGCCCCAUCACUUCCCCCGUUGACAUCUCGGAGGAUGAGAGAAUCCCUCACUCGCUUUCCAAGCUCUGCCCACCGAUAUUCUACACCCCAUGCCUUCAACUAUGCCACGCCUUACUCACCCACGGGCGGCGGUCUCUCCCAGAGGCAACGCUCGACUUCUACUCCAAACGUCCACGUGGUUAGCACAACUCUGCCUGUAGACAGCAGCAUGAUUGAGGAUGCAAUGCGGGAUCAUGACUCGGCUGGGAGUUCCCCCAACCAGAGUCCUACAGGCUGGUCCCAAACCAAAGCACCUGCACCAGCUCAGCGCGAGCGGGCUACGUCCUUCAAUACUCAGGAGAAGAAUAAAAUUAGGCCUCGGGACAAGCGGGACUCUAGUUACUACUGGGAGAUUGAAGCCAGUGAGGUGUAUCUGCACUCCCGCAUUGGUUCAGGCUCCUUUGGAACUGUAUACAAAGGGAAAUGGCAUGGUGAUGUAGCAGUGAAGAUUUUAAAGGUGACUUACCCCACUCCAGAGCAGUUUCAGGCAUUUAGAAAUGAAGUAGCUGUUCUAAGAAAGACACGGCAUGUCAACAUCCUGUUGUUUAUGGGCUACAUGACAAAGGACAACCUGGCCAUUGUGACCCAGUGGUGUGAGGGCAGCAGCCUUUACAAACACAUUCAUGUCUUGGAAACCAACUUCAAGAUGAUCCAGCUUAUAGACAUUGCAAGGCAGACAGCUCAGGGCAUGGACUAUCUGCAUGCAAAGAACAUCAUUCAUCGGGACAUGAAGUCCAACAACAUAUUUUUGCAUGAGGGACUGACCGUCAAAAUUGGAGACUUCGGUCUUGCAACUGUAAAGGCCAGGUGGAGUGGUUCGCAUCAGGUGGAGCAGCCUUCUGGAUCUAUUCUCUGGAUGGCUCCUGAAGUUAUACGGAUGCAGGACAACAAUCCCUACAGCUUCCAAUCGGAUGUCUAUUCCUAUGGAAUUGUUCUUUUUGAGCUCAUGACUGGGGAACUCCCGUACUCCCAGAUAGCAAACAGAGACCAGAUUAUCUUCAUGGUGGGACGUGGCUAUCUGUCACCUGACCUCAGUAAGCUGUACAAGAACUGCCCCAAAGCCAUGAAAAGGUUGGUGGCUGACUGCAUCAAGAAGUCCAAGGAUGAGAGGCCUCUCUUCCCACAGAUCCUGUCGUCUAUUGAGCUUCUACAGCACGCCCUGCCUAAAAUAAAUCACAGUGCCUCUGAACCGUCCCUGCACAGAGCCUCUCACACUGAGGACAUCAAUGCUUGUACUCUGACCUCCACCAGGCUGCCUAUUUUUUAAAGGAUCAGACAGCUCCACGCCUGCUACUCUCCCUAUACUGCCCCUUCUCUCUCAAAUUUACCCAGCAGUUCAAUACUCAGAGCACACAAACCCUCUGUAUAUUAAAACAAUAAUACUUCAAAGCAUUGCUCAGCACAAUAGUAACGAGGGAGAAGAAGAAUGAGGAAGAGCAGAGUGGAGAGAUAGACAUUGGAUGGAGUGGUGCAGUAGGAUAUACAAAUGAAGAGGGUGGAGGCGGAGCCCGGCCCAUUGCUGCACGUUUGAAGAAGUAUGCAGGUGCCUCUUUGUAAAUAUAUGCACGGACAUUUACCUUAAUUGGACGGUGACAACUACACAUUGAAGGAGGUGUGAAGAAUUGCUUCUCUUGGCUCUGUGAAGUGAAGCGUACACAACUAUUUUGUCGCCGUUUUUUUGAAGAACAGGACCUUCUUUUUUUUUUUUUUUUUUGUUAGGAAACUCAGCUGCCUUAAGAGGAAACCCACAGAGCUCCUGCACAACAUCACCUCUUGCAAACACAGCUGCUGGAUGUAGUCCAUUCAGUUGUGGCCUGAUGUUUAUUGCAUUGUCUUAAGUGAUAAUGGACUGGAUAUGGGGGAAACGUUUUUUUUAUUUUAUUUUUUAUCUUUGACAGCUAUAAUUUUUGAUUUCAAGUCAUGUCGGCGCAACUAAAGCCUGUCAAAUGAUGAGCACGGGUAACAAUGGAAGUCGAUGAAUUUGCACAUUUUGGCAAAAGCAGUAGUUUUCUUUUACAGUCUACACAGAUGCUUGUAGCUGAUCUGUCCACACGAUAUAAUAGGCUGGACGUUUAGGCCGUUGUCUUAAAUAUUUAAAAUGAUUUGAAACUAAUUUGUUUUGUCAGGUCUCAUUCAGGAGAUCAAAUGUUUUAAUAUCAACUUGGUGAGAAAGUUGCAUAUUUACUAUUUUAAUAAAAUUUAAGUUAAAUUCUUUGCCAAACUUCAUAGUAGUGAUUUUAUUUUGUCAUUGGCGACAUGUUUUAAGCGUGAUGAAGUACAGUGGAUCCUUGGCUAGCGUCAUUAAUUUGUUCUAAAAUACAUUUUUAUAGUUUUACAAUUAGUUUUACAUACAUAAAACAAUUAAAAUGUAAAUACAUAUAAAUGAUGAAUAAAAGGGACAAAUGAACAUUUAACGUCACUUUUACCUUCACUGAAGACGUGAUUCUUGAUGCAACUGAAAACAUGAAGGUGGUGGUGGUUGAUCUCGCUGCCACAUCGUAUCUUUGGGAACAGUCACGUCUUCAAUGAAGGUAGAAGUAACCUUAAAUGUUCAUUUAUCCCAUUCAUUCGUCAUUUACAUACAUUUAAACUAAAAUUGUAAAACUGUAAAAGUGCAUUUUGUGUUAACAUUUUUGAGAGUCAACCGCUGAGAUGAGCUCAGAUGAGCGACGUAACUUCCUGUUCCGGUUGCCAUUUUGUUUAGCUAACUAAUAGAAUGCUAAUGAGAAAGGAUGUUUUAUGAUAAAACAUUGCACACGCGGUGUAUUAAUAACACAAGGUGAGUGGCAUAUUGUACACUGACCAGAGAAUGCAUGCAAACGGAGGCAAAAUUAUGGCGUACAUUUUGAUGUUAACCGAAAAACACGCUAACCGAGGCGGACGCUGUAACCAAGGUUCCACUGUAUUUUUUGCUCGCUGAUGUACAAUCCCACACAUGUGUAAGUCUUGGAGGUGGUUUGUGAUGUUUACUGUAGCAGUGGCAAAGUAGUGUAACCUCUCUGGGGAUCUAGUCCAGACACGCCACGGGGGAUUCCACUGUUGCUUGAUGCCUCUGUGGAGUAUACACAGUCAGGGUGGCAAACUCACAGUGGACAAUAACAAUGAGCCAGCAAGGGAGGCAUGUGUAGUGGAAAUACAGGGCAGUUUUGUUUUAGGGUAAACAUCUAACAAGUUCUUCUUGCUGAGGAGCUUGAUUGAAGUGUUUUGCUGUGAUCUACACUGACUUAUUAGGUUUUGCAGCUUGUUAAUUAAAGUAAUCAGCCAAUCACUUUGCAGCAAAUCAAUACAUUUAGGUGUGUAGACAUGCCAAAGUGGAACUGAAGUUCAAGUAUAUUGAGGCUGAGCAUGCCAUGAUUGUAGCUGCCAAGAUUACGGUGGUGUGAAAGUGUUUGCCCCCUUCCUGAUUUCUUAUUUUUUUGCAUGGUUGUCACACUUGGGUUUCACACCAUCAAAAAAAUGUAAAUAUUAGUCAAUGACAACACACUGAACACAUAAUGCAGUUUUUAAUGAAACUAUUAAGGGAGAAAAAAUCCAAACCUACAUGGCCCUGUGUGAAAAGGUGAUUGCCCCCUCAACCUAAUAACUGGUUUGACCCCCCCUUAGCAGCAACAACUGCUAUCAAGCAUUUGUGGUAACUUGCAAUGAGUCUCUUACAGCGCUGUGGAGGAAUUUUGAUCCACUCCUCUUUGCAGAAUUGUUGUAAUUCAGCCACAUUGGGGGGUUUUACCUUUUUAAGGUCAUGCCACAACAUCUCAAUAGGAUUCAGGCCAGGACUUUGACUAGGCCACUCCCAAGUUUGUUUUUCUUCAGCCAUUCAUAGGUGGACUUACUGGUGUGUUUUGGAUCAUUGUCCUGCUGCAGAACCUGAGUUCGCUUUAGCUUGGGGUUACGAACAGAUGGCUGGACAUUCUCCUUCAGGAUUUUUUUGGUAGACAGCAGAGUUCAUGGUUCCAUUUAUCACAGCAAGUCUUCCAAGUCCUGAAGCAGAAAAACAGCCCCAGACCAUCACACUACCACCACCAUACUUUACUGUUGGCAUGAUGUUCUUUUUCUGAAAUGCGGCAUUACUUUUACACCAGAUGUAAUGGGACAGACACCGUCCAAAAAGUUCAGCUUUUGAGGCCUCCAUUUCUUUGGAUGUUGUGAUUUUUGUGACUUCUUAGAUGAACCGUUCCUGUGCUCUUGGGGUAAUUUUGGUUGGCCGGCCACUCCUGGGAAGGCUCACCACUGAUCCAUGUUUUCGCCAUUUGUGGAUAAUGACUCUCACUGUGGUUCGCUAGAGUCCCAAAGCUUUAGAAAUGGCUUUACAACCUUUUCAACUUGAACUCAGGUGUGAUAAACCACAGCUAAGUUAUAUUUUGACGGGGGGGCAUACUGGGCCAUGUAGGUUUGGAUUUUUCCUUAUCCCUGAAUAAUAAGUUUUUGUUUUUAAAAACUACAUUUUGUGUUCAGUUGUGUUGUCAUUGACUAAUUAAAUGUGUUUGAUCUGCAGCAUUUAAGUAUGACAAACAAAAAAAUAAGAAAUCAGGAAGGGGGCAAACACUUUUUCACACCACUGUACAGUAUUUAUAGAGACCAUAUAAAUCCUAAUAAACAGGCCCUCAGUGUAUAUUUGAACAGACAUGUUAUUUAAGUUGUCGCUGAUUGUGUAUCUGGAAAUAUACUUCUUUUUUGAAUGCUUUAUGGCUGCUGAAGUUGAUGUUCGAAAUGGACUUUCCAAAAAGGCCCAUCAUAGGUCGAAAUAGGCCUGAUGUCAUGCAAGGUGGCGUAACACAACUACUGUAGAUCUACUAACUGGCUAUCUGCCACGUAGUUUGCUCUAUUGGUUAAUGUUCUAUUUCUGCUUAUUGAGGAGCCACAUAGACUGGCCAAACUGAAAUCAGCUGAGGCCAAGUGUUCUAUAAAAGCUGGCAGACAUUUGCCCCAUCUAGUGGGUGUUGCUUUUUAUAAGGUACCAUCAAGACUGUCUGUAGUUGCAUGGUCUUGCACAGCCUCAAAACAUGUAAGUUAUUCAUUGAAGUCUAAAACUGGCCAUAGGUGUAAACAGUAGUGUCAGGGCUGUAAAUCUCUUUGUGACAGACGAUUCGAUAUGCAUCAUGAUACACGGGUUACAAACAAUACGAUAUGAUUCAGUUCGAUUCUACCAUUACAUUUGUUGACAUAGACAUUAGUCAUACAUUAUAAAAUGAAGAAGCCAAUUCUAUAAAAGUGUCAUUCUUACAAUAUUUUAAAAUGUGUAAAAGAGCACAUCAUAUACCCAAGCAUGCAGGGGUCCACAGCCGCUGGGCAAACUUUCAGCAGCAAUGAUUGGGGGGGGAGAAAUGCUUAAAAAAAUAUAUUUUUUUGUAAAUACUGUAACUAUAUCGAAAUUUAUUGAAAUUGAUAUAAAUUUCGGAAAUAUGGGCCAUUGUUUUAUUAAAAAAAAUAACCUACAGUUAAACGUCCCACUUUGUUCAACGGUCCUUGAAUGCACCAUUUAAAUUUCUCCCACGCAG